CGCUCUCUAGAAGAACCCAUUAACGAACAACAAUCCGUGGCAUUGUGGUACUUGCAUAUUUGUGUGUGCACUGUGCAGUGUGCUGCUUCAACUUCCCAGUUACUACCCCACGAACUUACAUUCUACUUCUGUAAUCAAAUUCACAUUUUUGAUGGCUAAUGCAAUUAUGCAAUAGCAAUCAUCAUUAUAUUAUCUCUUAGUCUUCGAAUCCCUGUUGGUUUAUUCAGCUUCAGUCGGCUCAAAUGAUGGCAACAAUCCCACCUAACAACUUCUGUUUCAACUUUAAAAUUAACCAAAUUCAAUCCCAACCCAGAUAUUCCUUGUUCGAGAAAACUGUAACCGUGAAUCAAAGAAGAAGACAUUUAAACCCACCCUUGAAAAUUAAUCUCCAUUGUCGUUUCUUCAACCCCAGAAAAUGCCCUUGCCUUUCUCUUGUUGUUUUCAGGGCCACCGGUGAUGCUGAUUCUUUUCCUCAACAAUCAACACUUUCUGAUGCGGAUGCGACAUUUGAUAGCUUGUCAAGUUCUGAUGAAAAUUAUGUGCCAUUGCUAGUAAGAAUGCUUGGACUGGACAAUGAUCCUCUUGACAGAGAACAAGCAGUGAUUUCUCUUUGGAAAUACUCUCUAGGUGGAAAGCAUUACAUUGAUAAAGUUAUGCAGUUUCGCGGGUGUGUAAAUCUCAUUGUCCAUCUUCUGAGAUCCAAUUCCAGCAAUGCUUGUGAAGCUGGUGCAGGCCUUUUAAGAAUGAUAUCUUCAGUCAAUGCGUACAGAGAUAUUGUAGCUGAAAGUGGGGCCAUAGAAGAGACAACUGUUGUACUAAGGAGGCCUUCCUUGACAUCUGAGGUAAAAAAACAAAGUAUAUGUAUGCUGUGGAACUUGACAGCAGAUGAGAAGUACAGACUGAAGAUUGCAAACUCCGCUCUUUUGCCUUUACUUGUAAAGUUCUUGGAUGAUGAGGACAUGAAGGUAAUUGAGGCAGCUGGUGGAGUGUUGGCAAAUUUGGCAUUGAGUCGUCCUAAUCACAAUAUCAUGGUCGAAGCUGAUGUUAUUCCAAGAUUGGCCAAGUUUCUAACAAAUGAAAUGGAAGGAUCGAAAGUCAUAAGAAAAGAAGCAAAAACUGCUUUACUCGAGCUUGUUAAAGAUGAUUACUACAAAAUUCUUGUCAUGGAGAAAGGAUUGGUUCCUGUACCUUUGGUCGGUUCUGCUGCUUAUGCUUCUUUCAAGCCAACCUUGUACUCGUGGCCCUCACUUCCUGAUGGUACUGAGUUUAGACGGAGCUCAAACAGCCCUUCGAGAUUUGGUGCUUCCGAGUUACUACUUGGGUUACAUAUUGAAGACAAUACUGACAAAAUAGACAAGUCCAAGAUGGAUGCAAUAGUUGGGAGAACACAUCAGCAAUUUUUAGCUCGUAUUGGGGCCAUAGAAACUGAAGAUGAGAGUAAGUCGGAGAGCGGGUUCCCUAGUAGCUAUCACCAGACGUUGCUUCCAUGGAAGGAUGGUAUUGCACGUAUGGUACUGAUUCUUGAGCUGGAAGAUGAAAUAGCCAUCGCAAAAGCAGCUGAUUAUAUUGCCGCUUCAGCAGUAAAUGAACAUAUGCGCACCUCAUUCAGGGAAGCUGGAGCUAUGCAGCGUCUAGUUCACCUUUUAAGCCACAACAGUUAUGCAGUGAGGUCAUCUGUCCUGAGUGCAUUGGAUAAGCUGUCUAUCAGCAAUGAUGUUUGUGGAACAAUGGAGGCAGAGGGUGUUACACACCCUUUGAUCAAUAUACUUAAUGACUUGAAAACAACUGAAAGCCUAAUCGAAAAGACAUUGAGCAUUCUUGCAAGAAUAUGGGACCCAAGUAAACAGAUGAAACUAAAGUUUUACAGUGGACCUGUUAAUGGUUCAACGAAAGUAGUUGAUUCAAGCAGUUACAAUAUUACUCCAGAACUUGGCAGAAAGAAGGUGGAAGUUGGAAGUAUGCUGGACUCUGCACUAGCUGAUCGCCUUGUUGAUAUUUUGAAGAUUGCACCCCCAAGUUUACAAACUAAAGUUACAUCGAUCAUUGAAUAUUGGAGUAUGAUUGAACCAUGCAUGGACACCAUUAUUGCAACAGAAAUCGAGUCUACUUUGAUAGAUGUCUUCAAACAAAUAGUUCCAAGAGGUGGACAGUUUGGUUGGGCAAGAGUGAUAUUUUUAGUUGGUCUCUAUUAUGUAGCUAUUCUUUCAACUAUCUGGUUUCUUGGUGUAUCCUUCUCCAAGCAUCAGUUUGAGAGGGAAGAGCACUUCAGUUACGAAAAGUUUUGCAGAGGAAGAGGAGCCUGAUGUGGUUUAUGUUGAAGAGGUUGGGGUUGCUGUCUCACAAGCUUCAAGAUUGCUGACGAAAUUGCUUGAUUACCAGCAAUUCCGUCAGACUGUUGAUUCAAAUCAAUUCACCAUAUUACUUGGGCAGAUUCUUAAAUCAGAUAUCCCUCUUCAUUUCAAAGAAUGGGUUGCAGCAUGCCUAGUUAGGCUCAGCUUCUUGUCAAGUCCUUUUGAGUCUCCAAUUACCACCGAUGUUACACUUUAUGAGACUGUUCCACGGUUAGUUGAGCAAAUAAAAACUGGCUUCUCAGCUGAUGCCCAAGAGGCUGCUGUGGUAGAACUUAACAGGAUAGUUUCUGAAGGUGUGGUAGAUACAACUCGAGCUGUUGCUGCCCACGGGGGUAUAUUUCCUUUAGUGAAGUUGUUAGAACAAGGUAGCAAGAGAGCUGUUGAAGCUGGGCUUGCCAUUCUAUACAAUCUGAGUAUGGACAGUGAGAAUCAUUCAGCAAUAUUAGCUGCUGGAGCAGUGCCAAUACUAAGGAGAAUAAUCCUUUCACAAAAUCCUCACUGGACUCUAGCUCUUCAUUUAUUAAGGAACUUGCCAGUAUGAUUCAUGCUAACAAAAAUAUAAUAAUACUCCUUAAAUUUUAGGAUGACAAGUAACCCAUGUGUUAGCUUGUGGAUCGCCCGUCUAAAUUACACAAAUAAGCUUUGAUUAGGAUGAAUUAUUUGGUAGAAUUAUUUGUAUUUGGUUAAAAGCUGCAAUGUACUAAGGUUUUAGACGCAGAACGUUAAAAUCUUCGUGACCUGUCAUACAUACUUCUGAAUGCUUCUCGUA